ACGCGACGAGGGCCAAUUAGAGAUUCAUAGCCAUCUCGUCUCGCCCCCCCCCCUUCCCUCUCUCUCCUUACUUGUUCCUUCCCCUGCUUCGGCUCCUGUUGUCCGGCAUCCCUCUCCCGCGGCCCACGGCUCACCAGACCCCAUAAUGCAGCCCGCCCCGCUCCCCACCCCCGAGGACGACACUCCCGACGAGUAUGACGCUCGCAUUGCCCGGACGGGCUGCUCGGAACUCAAUGACCAGGUGCUCAUCUGUUACGCCGAUCACCGGGACUGGCGCGUGUGCGCUCCCCUGGUGAAGGCCUUCCGCGACUGCUACGAGCGUCACGAGCGUGCUCGCAUUGCCGAAGGCGACCCGCUGGCCAUUGCCACUGCACAGGAGCCGGGGUCCCUUUUGAGCACCAGUGGGGCAUCGAGCUAGGCGCAGGCCGGCGCCCCACGUUCCUGCGAUCCCCCCUCCCUGGCCAAAUAGACACGCAAACUGUACA